AUGUCGGCUUACUCAAAAAGCUACAAUCCUUUUGACGAAGACGAGGAUGAAGACUUAAAGCCAGUCAAGUGGAAUGAAAGUAAUGAGCCCCCUAGAGAAGGGGCGGAUAGACAGAGGUACCUGCAGCAAGAAGUCCUGAGGCGGUCCCAGGCCACUGUGGACAGCAGCAACCAUGCUCUGUCCCUCAUUUAUGAGUCUGAGCAUAUUGGCGUAGCUGCCUCAGAGGUAAGCAAGAAUCUUAAGAUUGACCUUGCUGUAGCUUAUGGGGAGUAUAUUUGAUAAAAUAACUUUCUUCAGUAUUUUUUCCUAUAAUAAUGUCAACUUAUGUGUUAUUUGGAAGUACAGUCAUACCUCGGGUUAAAGUCGCUUCAGGUUGAGCGUUUUCAGGUUGCGCUCUGCGGCGACACGGAAGUAAUGGAACGCGUUACUUCCGGGUUUCGCCGCAUGUGCAGAUGCUCAAAAUGACGUCAUGCGCAGAAGCGGCGGAUCGCGGCACGUGCAGAUGCGGGUUGCGUUCUGCUCUGGAUGGGAACGGGGCUCUGGAACGGUUCCUGUUCGCAUCCAGAGGUACCACUGUAAGUGGAUUGAUUUCAGUGCAGUUUACAUCCAAGUGUUUAGGAUCAGAGUCUGAGAACUGACGAAAAAACCGGGAUACUUCAUUAGGGAUAAAAGCUGCAUGAUGAUUUUGAGUACAUACUCAAAUGCCCUUUCAGAAAUGGCAGACUUUCAGAGUCUGUCCACACCAGGGGUUGGCAAACUAAGGCCCGCGGGCCAGAUGAGGCCCAAUUGCCUUCAGGAUCUGGCCUGCGGACUGUCCCUGGAUCGGCGUGGGGAUUCUGUUCGUUCGGGCUGCGCCAUCUUUCCCCUUGCUCCAUUCCAUUCUCCACCACCACCUCACACACACCACAGCAGCGCCUCCUCCCUCCCUCCUCCUGGCUUCUCCUUGCCCUGCCUAGAAGAGGAAGGGGGCUGGCUGAGCGUCAUUUUAAGCAGCCUCUCUCCGGAGCCAGCCCUAUCGUGCCGCUCAUCUUCCCUGUACCGCCCCGGUGCUCCUGUGGGCCAGAGAGCGGAGCGGACGAGCUCCCUCUACCCAGAAGCAGCCACAAUGGCGGUGGUGGUGGCGGCAGCCCCAGAGAAGAUAAGCGCUGAGAGUGGGGGAGGACUACUUAACCCCCUCACCGCCUCUUCCAGCUCCCCACCACACCCCGGUGCCACUUCUGCGGCCCACCACAAGGUCUGAGGGUCAGUGGACUGACCCGCGGCUAAAAAAAAUUUGCCGACCCCCUGGUCCACACAUUUAUUUCCAACAUUCUUUCCAACCAACUUUUCCAACAUUAUUUCAAAGUAUACGGGACCAGCUCAUGUCAAUUACAGCAUCUGAAUUUGUUAGUUCUGUGCACCAUAUGCCUUUAUAUCAAGCUUCCUCAACCUCAGCCCUACAGAUGUUUUUUGGCCUACAACUCCCAUGAUCCCUAGCUAGCAGGACCAGUGGUCAGGGAUGAUGGGAAUUGUAGUCUCAAAACAUCUGGAGGGCCGAGGUUGAGGAAGCCUGCUUUAUACAGUGGUACCUGGGGUUACAUACGCUUCAGGUUACAUACGCUUCAGGUUACAGACUCUGCUAACCCAGAAAUAGUGCUUCAGGUUAAGAACUUUGCUUCAGGAUGAGAACAGAAAUCGUGCUCCGGCGGCGCGGCAGCAGCGGGAAGCCCCAUUAGCUAAAGUGGUGCUUCAGGUUAAGAACAGUUUCAGGUUAAGUACGGACCUCCAGAACGAAUUAAGUACUUAACCCGAGGUACCACUGUAUCUUGGUUUCAUUGAAGACAUGGCAGUACAUCCAUGUAAGAACUUUUGUUGGGAAAUGAUUAUUGUGGGCAGGUGGAACUGAGCAGCUGUAAAAGGACAUCUCUCUGAAGGAGAAGGACUUUGUCAUUGUCUCAGACCACGGUGUCUUGUUUCUUGUAAAACAAAACAAUAUGUGAAACUUGCUGAAGACAUUGGACCUAUCAUUUGUAAAUGUGCUUGAUUUCUAAGCCAGUGGCUAGAAAGGAGAGCAGGCCUACUUCAGCCACUUUCUGCAUACACCUGACUACAUAGUCUUUCCUAUUAAUCAUUUCCUUUAAUUAUAAAGCCUAGACUUGAAUCACUGCUAGGCAUCUUUGGUUGGCAGAACCACUAAUAUAAGGCCUCCUGGAAUGUCUUUCUAGAAGUGAGGCUGUUUUUUUAAAAAAAUAAAUACAGUAAACCAAAAGACUAGCCGUUAUGAGCUGUUCUUCAAUUUUUCUUGGUAUGACUGGGGCAAUCUUCUGCUGCCUUUUAUCCUAGUAAGUUGAUUUGUAGGGCCUUGGCUCUCCAGCCAUACAAGUGCUUAACUUUGCAUUCAAAUUAUUCCAUUCAUAUACAUCAGGGAUGUCCAAUGGGUAGAUCGUGAUCUACCAGUAGAUUGCCGGGGUGCCCCAGGUAGAUCGCAGGAUGAGAGAAAGUGAUCAUGGAAAAGCAGCGCCUCUACCUUUGCUUCCCCCCAAAAACUCAACAACUCUGGGCAAAUCUCUCCCCAGUUAGUUGCCACCUUGGGUAGAUCACUGCCAGUUUUUUUAUACUGGGAGUAGAUCGCAGUCUCUUGGGAGUUGGACGUGCCUGAUAUACAUAUUUAAACCAAAGUCUAAGAGAUACUGAGUACUGAAUUGGGACGUCCCUGGUUCCAAUCUUUCCAGGUGGACUGAGGCAAGGCACUGCUGGCUUCAGCAUCUGCAAUAUGGGGACAGUAGUGGCCUGGCUUCCAUUGUUGUUAGGAAUAUUACAAAAAGAUGCUUAAGGUGAAGUGUUUUGAACUUAUGAAAGUACUAGGAACGAGUGCUAGUUCUGUCCUCUCCAACCGUGGGUGUUGAUUUCUUCAAGUGUGGUGCAAAUGAAAUUGCAUGCUUAGUCCAUUUCCUUCAAAUAAUUGUAUCCCAGAGUUUGUGAUAAACUAGAAGAUGACAAAUUGAAACAAGCUCAUAAAGGUAUUUUUUAAUAAUAAUCAAGGUUGAAAUCUAUCCAAGUUAUUGUUUUUCUUAGUCUAUAGACUGAACUGCGGUGUUUUCUAGAGGCUGAAGCCAAAAGGAGCCUUUCUUCUCCCUGGGAAAAUUAUCAGACCUUAUCUGAAAGAGUCUUGUGAUCAGACUAGAGGGAAAUUGGGCAGAGAGACUGCAGUCUUUUGUUCUUCACUUGUAGGUAGGAACUUGGACCAGCAAAUAUUUCAGGUAGUGGUUUAAAAAAUAAAAAGGAACAGGUCAUGAAAUGAGCAGGUGCCGUUCAGUAGGCAGGUGAGCUUUAAUUAGGCAUCAGCAGAGUCUUCACAUCUUAGCUUCCUCAUGCCUUCAGCAAAUCUUGCUGCAUAAAUGUUAUAGUAGAAAUAGAAUUCAAGAAAAUACCGUGGAGAUAGAAAGGAUUACUACUUCCAAUUUCUCAUCACAUCAGCAUUACGCAGCAACUUGCUGAAGAAAUCUCGUGAACCAAAGGGCCUCUUUUCCACAUUGUACUAAACCUUUGUUUAGUGCACAUGCAUGAGCUGAAAAUAAGCCCAAGCGAACCCUUGGGAUCACUCUCCUGAAUCCCCAUCAACUCCCAUAUAGUCAGAAGGAGGUACAUCGCAAGCAUUUAAUCCCUCUUUCCCAGAAUCUUGACUUGUCACUUCUUACAAGUCAAAGAUUACAGUCCAAAACAAACUCUGGUUAGUUAAACAAGCAAAAUCAAUGGCUUGAAGCGGCUUUGUUCUGAAACGGAUCGGAGUUUGUUUUAAAUCUCUGGUUUUCAGAACAUGACAGUCCAGAUUUCUGGGUAAGGGGAACUACUGGUGAAGAACUGAUUCCAGCUAUACUGCAGGGAAAAGGGGGAGCCCAAGGCUUUGCUUAGGUUUGUUCCAGCUUGUGCUAAAUUGUGGAUUAGCAUGAGACAAAAGAAAGCACUUAUUCGCACAGCACGAUACGAUAAUCUUUAUUGUCAUUGUCCCAUACAGAACAACGAAAUUGAAAAAAUCUACAUCAGACAUUCAAAAACCCGCAAGCCUGCUAUCCCAACUUGGUUAGCCCCCUAAAAAUGCUGAUACCCCAUCAUUAAAUACAAUAUACUCCUAUAGAGACUACUUUACACUGCGUUUAAAACCAAAAUCGCAUUUGGAUAGAAACUUUCUUUGGUGGCUAGUCCUAGUCUUUAUAACCCUGUACCUUCUUCCAGAAGGCAGAAGCUGAAAGAGAUCAUUUCUGGGGUGCGCACUAUCCUGCACUAUCUCUGCAGCUUUCUUAUGGCACCUGGAAGCAUAGAUUUGAUCCAAGGUGGGAAGAGUGCACCCAAUUAUUCUCUCCGCAGUCUUUACAACCCUGGACAGCAUUGUUUUUUCCCUGACCCUGCAGCUCCCAAACCACACACAGAGACCAUAAGUUAAUACACUCUCAACAGUACAAUGGUAAAACGCCAUCAACAGGUCCUUUGAGAGAUUCCAUAAUUAAACUGUGGAACUCACUCCCACAAGAGGCAGUGAUCGCCACCAACUUGGAUGGCUUUAGAAGAGGAUUAGACAAACUCAUAGAGCCAAAGGCUGUCAUUGGCUACUAGCCAUUUUGGCUAUGCUGUGUGUGCUUCCAUGGUCAGAGGCCAGUGAAGCUUCUGAAUCCAAGUUGCUGGAAGCCUCAAGAAGGGAAAGGGCUCUUGGGCUCGGCUUUUGCUUGAGAGCUUCCUGCAGGCAGCUGGUCGGCCACAGUGAGAACAGGAUGCUGGGCUGGAUGGGCCAUUGGUCUGAUCCAGCAGAUUCGUCUCAUGUUCUUCUUGAGUGGCAAUACAACCAGGGAGUGCAAUUCUCAAAACCCGGUUCUUUGCGGACUUAAAACAUUUCGCGGCGCUUUUCUUCAGACCCGUUAAAAACUCUUGGUAAAAAGACAGUUGGAAAAAUAUAUACAGUUGUACCUUGGGUUAAGAACUUAAUUCAUUCUGGAGGUCCGUUCUUAACCUGAAGCACCACUUUAGCUAAUGGGGCCUCCCGCACUGCCAGCGCGCAAUUUCUGUUCUCAUCCUGAAGCAAAGUUCUUAACCUGAGGUACUAUUUCUGGGUUAGCGGAGUCUGUAACCUGAAGCAUCUGUAACCUGAGGUACCACUGUAUACACAAAUAAAGCUGUAUUCGACGGACGAAAGGAUAUAUGAUGUCUGACAUGAUUGAGAAUCAUAGAGCCAGGGACAGAGAUCUUUAAAGCGUUAAAAUCGGGAUGUAGAAAAUAUGGAAACAAGAAGAAGAGGCAGGACUGAGAUUUGGAGAUAUGCUUCAGAGGUCCAGACUAUGGGGAGCACCCCAAAAAUCAAUAAUUAUAAUUUGGAUUAUAAUUUGUGGUUUAUUUUGUUUUUUAGUUUUUUAUUUUAAUUGGAUUAUGAUUUGAUAUAUUAAUUGGAUGUUUUUUAAUUGGAAAAUCAAUAAAAAUGAUUAAAAAAACAAACAAACUCUUGUUUUCCAUAGGAGCUCACACGGCAAGGCGAGGUACUGAAACGCAGCGAACGAAUGGUGGAUAAGAUGGAUCAAGAUCUGAAAACAAGCCAGAGACACAUCAACAGCAUUAAGAGUGUGUUUGGCGGCUUUGUGAAUUACUUCAAAGCCAAGCCACAAGAGAUCAAGAUUGAGCAGAACGGGGCUGCCGAAUACCAAGCAAGCAACAAGUAAGCAACCCAAAUUCUCUUCCCAGCUAGGAAAGGUGUAAAUCGUGAUAUCUGGGAGUCGGAGAGUGGGGGUGGAAGCCCAGGUUGCAGGUGGAAGUUUGGACUUCAGUUUCAUCUUCUUCAGUGGGGCCAGGAAAGAUUCAAAUCACAUUGCAACUUCUCCCUUAAUUGCAUCAGAACGUGGUACUUACAUUUACCUUUGGACCAUUCUCAGCAGAGUCAGGAAAGAUGCAAAAGGCGUCAAAACGCAGUAUUUGAAGCAAGGCCUUUUGAACAUUGUGCUUUCCUGGCAGCUCCAUCCUUGGAUUUUUUAAGAUCAGUGCAUCCCCAGUUUUCUUUUGAAAAUGGUUUCCCUCCCACCCUGUAGACUCAUUCUGAACUAAUCAGGAGCCAGGGAGGCGAGGAAACAACAACGAAUGCGUGUGGGUGUGGAAAGACUGCAGAAAGGGAAAUGAUUUUUCUAAAAGCCAUUGCCCUUAAUGCAAGGCCUGUUUGGACACUGGGAAUGGUACCUGUCUUUUCUCUUAUCUCCAGAUUAAAAGAAGCCAUCUCCGUUAGCAAAGAACAGGAGUCAAAGUACCAGGAGAGUCAUCCAAACCUACGAAAGUUGGAUAAUUCAGGUUUGUUUAAACUUGUUUAAAAGGCCAUGCCAGGCCUGGAGGAGUUGGACAUUCAGGGUUUUUUGGUAUGGCAGUUCUUGAUAGAAGCCAAAUUUGCCUCUUAACUAGGCUACAGAAGCAGGAAUAGUGAUUUGGCAGGUCUGCAAGAAAAGGAUUGUGUUGUUUACUUCCAAUUGCAAACCACCUUUAAUUAGUAAUUAUGUGUUCCAGUAAUUCAGUAUAAAACCAUACUUGCCAUAAGGCACACAUGCUACAUUAAAAUAGUUUUCUUUUUUUAAAAAGAACUGGAGCCAUCAGUUGGUGUUUGGCGAAUGUCUAAAAACUCACCUUUUCCCCUUGCCAGAGCAUAGUACCACUGGAACCAGUUCAGAGUCUUCGUUCCCACCUGAUAGUUACCCAAGGAAUCAACACCUCCGAGCUUACCAUCAGAAAGUCGAUAACAACUUAGGUGAGUAAUGACAGCCUGAACUUUGUAAUGCUUAAUACCAGCUCCUUACCUGAAAUUGAAUCUCUUUGGUUCCUUUGGGGCUUUCUCCCAAGCAGAGAGAAGCAUGUGUCCCUGUUUUCAAUUCUCUUUUCAUGGAAAUAGGAGGUGAUGGAAAAAUGAUGAACAUCAAUAUUUGUUAAUAAUAAUUCAAUUAGUGGCUUGCUACAUAAGAAGUCUUCAAACAACUUGAAAAACAAGAAUGUAGGACUGUUAUUAAUUAUCUUCUGUUGAUUAAUCAGGGGGUAUAAAAGGAAUUGGAGUAGUGAAAGGAUAUGGCAGGGUGGCAGCAGACAGACAGGUUGCUUUGCUGCGCAAUGCUUCCUCCUGCAAAAUUGCCAACAAGGGCUCUGUUUCCUGCACAACGGGAGCAGAAGAACUUUUGGCCCUCCAGUUGUUUCUGAACUUCAACUUCCAUCAUCCCCAGCAAGCAUGGCCGGUGGCCAGGGGAAAUGGAAGUUGUCGUUCAGCAACAUUGGGGGGCAGGGGAGCAAAGGUUCCUCUCCUUUGCUGUGCAGAAAUUAAGGGAUGCACAAUAGCAGCUGCUCUCAUCAGAUUCUACAAGUUGCACUUUUGACUGCCAAAAAUUAAGUGGAUGUGAUUAACUACUAGAGAGCCAGUGUGGUGUAGUGGUUAAGAGUGGUAGUCACGUAAUCUGGGUAACCGGGUUCGCGUCUCUGCUCCUCCACAUGCAGCUGCUGGGUGACCUUGGGCCAGUCACAUUUCUUUGAAGUCUCUCAGCCCCACUCACCUCACAGAGUGUUUGUUGUGGGGGAGGAAGGGAAAGGAGAAUGUUAGCCACUUUGAGACUCCUGAAGGGGAGUGAAAGGCGGGAUAUCAAAUCCAAACUCCUCUUCUUCUACUAAUUGCUGCUCCAAAAAGACAGUGGUCGUGAGUUGGAAGAGGAUCAGAAAUAGCAAUAUGUUUGAAGGCAUCAGUGCUCUCUUUACCUUAACGUUUCUGAGAACAAAUCAAAGUGUUGGUGCUGACCUUUAAAGCCCUAAAUGGCCUCAGCCCAGUGUACCUGAAGGAGCGUCUCCACCCCCAUCAUUCAGCCCGGAUACUGAGGUCCAGCACCGAGGGCCUUCUGGCGGUUCCUUCCCUGCAAGAAGUGAGGUUGCAGGGAAUCAGGCAGUGGUGCCCUCCUAUGAGAUGUCAAGUAAAUAAACUACUAUCUGACUUUUAGAAGACAUCUGAAAGCAGCCCUGUUUAGGGAAGUUUUUAAUGUUUUAUGUUCUAUUGUGCUUUUAAUUCUGUUGGGAACCGCCCAGAGUGCCUGGGGAAACCCAUCCAGAUGGGUGGGGUAUAAAUAAUCAUAAUCAUAAUUUAUUAUUUAUUAUUUACAGAGGUAGCUGCGUUAGUUUGUACAAAAAAUAGUCCUGUGACACCAUAAAGGCUAACAAUUGCAAGAGCGCACCCUGAAUGCUAAACCCAGCCAGUUCGGCGGGGUAUAAAUAAUAAAUUAUUAUUAUUAUUCCAAAGCCACAGAUAAAGAACAACCAUCCUCUUUAACUAUUGGCUCCUUCGCUCAGAAUAUUCUCGGAGCAGCUGCUUUAUUAUGAAUUGACUUCCCAAACACAUUUCCUGCCCUGUAUCCUUGCUCUUAACCCUGCUCCAUUGUCUCCGUCCAUUUGCAGAUGAAAUGUCCUCUGGGCUGGGCCGCCUGAAAAACCUCGCUCUGGGCCUACAAUCUGAAAUCGACGAGCAGGAUGAAAUUCUGGGCCGCCUCACCACAAAGGUGGAGACUCUGGACAUCAAUAUUAAAAGCACAGACAAAAAGAUCAAGGAGCUUUAA